GCGAAAGAGCCACAAGGGAGCCAGAUUUUAAGAGACCAAUUUGCUGCCUGGGUUUUAAGGACUGUGCACCAUGGACAGGGAGGGAAUGUUGGAGGAGAAGAGCUGGAAAGGCGUCGACGAAGCAGCUUUUGACAGGGGGUGUGUGACUCCCCCCAGGACCGGCGAUGGGGAGAGAUGCUGCCGCCUCCCUCUCCUGCUGGGCUCGGGGCUGCCCGGCGUCUCCCUGCUUUCUCUGGUGCUGAGCCUCCUGCUGUACUUUCGGACCUCCGAUCUGCAGUCCCGGGUGUCCCACUUGGAAGCGGACAGACCCACACAGCUCCCUGCCUGGCUCUCAGCAGACCAAAUGGAGACGGCUAUUUUGGGAAGAGUUGACCAACUGCUUGAUGAGAAAUUGAAGUUUCACUUGCCGAGACAUCGAGAAGUUCGAGACACACACCAGCGAUGCAACUGCCCGGCAGGUCCGCCUGGAGACAAAGGUGCGAUGGGGAUCCCUGGGCGGCCGGGACUAAAAGGGCAAUCUGGAGAGAAGGGUGCUCCAGGAGAAGCCGGCAUGUCUAUCAUCGGGCCCCGCGGUCCGCCUGGACAGCCUGGAACAAGAGGUUUUCCUGGAUUCCCGGGCCCUAUUGGCUUGGACGGCAAACCGGGUCAUCCUGGACAGAAGGGAGAGAUGGGUGCUGCAGGUCCCAGGGGACAACCUGGACCCCCAGGACAAAAAGGAGAAAAGGGUCAGUGUGCAGAGUACCCGCACAGGGAAUACCUAAGUACCACCCUUGCAGCCCUGCGCUCUAACCAGAUCCUUACGCUGAAGGGUGAACAAGGACAAGCGGGGAUCCAAGGUCCCCCAGGGCCCCCUGGACCACCAGGGCCCACUGGACCGGCUGGACCUGAAGGAACCCCAGGACGUCCUGGGCCAGUUGGACCCCCUGGCAGAGUGGGAGAACCUGGGAAGCCUGGCAGAGACGGAAAGGGCUUACCUGGGCCUCCUGGACCAAAGGGAGAGGCUGGGAUUCAGGGAUACCCUGGCAGAAAGGGUGAGGUGGGCGAGUCAGGCCUGCCCGGUGCCCGUGGCCUCCCUGGAGCCUCUGGCCCCAAGGGUGAAAAAGGGGACGCUGGCAUAAAGGGGGAGAGAGGCAUGCCAGGGCUGCCAGGAAGACAUGGCUCUAAGGGCGCUCCUGGGAUGGCCGCUGCAGGGAUGAAGGGCGAGCCUGGGACUCCAGGAGAAAAGGGAGCUCCUGGAGUCCCAGGGAGGAUGGGCCCCCCAGGUUUGCCAGGGAAGAGGGGGCAGCGGGGUGAGAAGGGACGAGCUGGUGACCCUGGGCUUCCUGGACUCCCUGGGCCGAAGGGAGAGAAGGGAAUUGCUGAGAAUGCCUUGGUGGGAGCUAAAGGAGAACCUGGCCCUCCAGGUCUGCCUGGACCCCCUGGACCAAAGGGAGAAGCUGGUGACGUUGGCCGGCCUGGUGCUGCAGGGUCACAGGGAGAAAAGGGGGAACGUGGUUCACCAGGAGACCAGGGACCCAUGGGCCCAAGGGGCCCCAAAGGAGAGCCUGGGAAGGACGAAAUGAUGGACUAUGAUGGGAACAUCAGUGAAGCUCUCCAGGAAAUAAGAACUUUGGCCUUGAUGGGACCCCCAGGACUUCCAGGUGUGGCUGGACCUCCAGGGCCACCAGGACAGAAGGGUGAAAUUGGCUUGCCAGGUCCUCCAGGCCAUGAUGGAGAAAAGGGACCACGUGGCAAGCCUGGAGAAAUGGGCCCCCCUGGCCCUCACGGACUGCCAGGAAAGGAUGGACCCCCUGGAAUAAAGGGAGAGCCAGGCCAUGUCGGGGUCAGAGGAGAGAAGGGCGAUAAGGGAGAGCCAGGACAAACAGGCUCACCGGGUCUAGAUGGCCCCACUGGAGAGAAAGGCGAACGAGGUGACCAAGGGAUGCCAGGACCAUCAGGAUUGCCGGGUCCCAUUGGACUUCCAGGAUUGACAGGAGAGAAGGGUGAGCCUGGGGAACAUGGAGACAAAGGAAAUCCGGGAGAAUCGAUAUCUGGCCCCCCCGGACCCCAGGGUCCUCCUGGACCUCCAGGUCUUCAGGGCCUCCCAGGACCUAAGGGGGAAGCAGGGAUUGAUGGAGUGAAAGGAGAGAAGGGUGCCCAGGGUGAAAAAGGAGACAGAGGGCCACUGGGAUUACCCGGUGCUUCAGGUUUAGACGGCAGGCCUGGACCACCGGGUACUCCAGGACCAAUUGGGGUUUCAGGACCAGCAGGACCAAAAGGAGAAAGGGGCAGUAAAGGAGAUCCUGGAGUUGCAGGACCAAUGGGGCCAGCAGGGCUUCCUGGUUUACAAGGUCUGCCUGGUGACAAAGGAAUCCGGGGGGAGAGGGGCAAGAAAGGCUCUAGAGGGUCUAAAGGGGAUAAGGGAGACCAAGGAGCGCCUGGAUUAGAUGCACCCUGUCCGUUGGGGGAAGAUGGGCUUCCAGUUCAAGGCUGCUGGAAUAAGGGUCAAACUCCUUGGCUGAUAGCCAGAAAGUGAGUCUGAGGGUGGAGAAGCUUGAGAAAUGGCAGCAGAGUGAAAGGAGAAGGAGGACCUUCCUGAAGAUUUGCUGGAGAUGUUUUGCAAGUUGCCUCCCUGGAGCCUGGGAAGAGUUGUUGAGCUGCGCACCAGGAAUUGUGCCUGCUGGGGCUGCGGGAGCUCGGCGUGCCAGCGCUUUCUGCUUUGCUCUCUCUUCUCCCAGAGGCCAGAGGCAGGGGUCGAAAAUGACACCAUUUAUAUUCUUUUCCUUUGGUCAUUUUCGCUUCAUUCGACUUUUGUGGUCAGACUCUUCAGAGGAAGAAUUGAGCUCGUUUUCCAGCAGCGGCUGCAUAAAUGAGUGCAAGACAGACAAUAUUUCUGGGGGG